AUGAUCGGCCUUCAGAGGACAACUUCUGGUGUCUUGUUUUGUGCUCUGUUCUCGAUAUCAGCUUAUUGUCAGAGCUUUGCCUAUGAUUUGGAAGUAAAUCAGACAGCAUUCCUCAAGAUAGAUGCAUCACCACAAUCAGGGCGGAAGAUUCCUGACCAUCUAUUUGGUAUAUUUUUUGAGGAGAUCAACCAUGCAGGAGCUGGUGGGAUAUGGGCAGAGCUUGUCAGCAACAGAGGAUUUGAAGCUGGAGGGCCAAACACUCCUUCAAACAUUGAUCCAUGGGGCAUCAUUGGGAAUGAAACUUUCAUUAAUGUGUUAACUGAUUGGUCAUCUUGUUUCAAUCGUAACAAAGUUGCCCUUCGUAUGGAAUGGUGUUGGCGUAUAUAA